GAGCACCAAGGACCCCUCAUGUCAACCCUGAGCUACAAGUAUUCUCCUUUAUCAGUUUAUUCUAUUAUCUCAGGCCAAUAUUUCAACAGUUUGCACGUAUCACCAUUUGCAUGUCAAAUAACAGGCGGGAGGCCGUUUCUGAGUUAUCACUAAGCGGAGAUUGGACCGUGCUAUAACCAACCGCAUCGUCCUUCCCUACAGCAGGCAACCAAUUGCCAUAGAAACAGCUGAGGGUACAGUAUCAUCCUUCUUAUCACCAUAGUAACAACCGAAAGACUCCGUUCCUUCGAUCGCUUCUUCGUACCCAGCAACCUGUUCCCGAUGAGACGAAACGGAAGAAAGGCGCUUUCUAGGCUUUCUUUUUCUCCAACCCAAGAAACUCAUCAAUUCCCGCUGUAGUCCCCGCCCCUCGUUUCUCGCGGAGGGUGAUGGGAAUUCCAAGAUGGCCGCGCCCGUUUAAGAAGCUGGAAGAGGGGAGAACUUGCUGCUGCAACUGCAAUCGCCAUCUGAGGGGGAGACACGGGGAGAAGCCGCUGCAGCUUAGGCCCGCAGCCGAUCGCCCUUUCCUGUGUCACUCAGAAAUAAUGUUGAUAUUUAGAACUCAUGUCGAACAUCUAUGAAGAGAGGUUAACAAUGAUUGCAGCAGGGGAUUUGCAGGAGUUUGUCCCUUUUGGCCGUGACCACUGCAAACAUCAUCCUAAUGCGCUGAACCUGCAACUACGGCAGCUGCAACCAGCCUCAGAACUUUGGUCAUCAGAUGGAGCAGCUGGUUUGGUGGGGUCACUUCAGGAAGUUACCAUCCAUGAGAGACACAAGGAAAGUUGGAAGUUAAGGAAGGGCAUCAGUGAGGUUGGGGAAGAAGUAGAGUAUGAUGAAGAACUGUAUGUGGCUGGUAAUAUGGUCAUUUGGAGCAGAGGAAGUAAAAACCAAUCUUCAGCAGUUUAUAAAGCAUUUACUGUUGACAGUACUGUUCUGCAGGCAUUGUGGUGUGACUUUUCAAUACCCCAGGAAAAAUCUGAAAGAAAUAAAGAUAGCUGUCAGUUAGUAGAAAAAUGUAUCUGCAUAUUACAGAGCUCUUGCAUAAAUAUCCACAGUAUUGAAGGAAAGGAUUACACUGCUUCUUUACCCUUUCAGGUAGCGAAUGUCUGGCCCACAAAAUACGGCUUGUUAUUUGAACGUAGUAGUUCAUCGCAUGAAGUGUCUCUAAAUCCAAACAGAGAACCUUUGCCUACCAUGUUCAGCAUGCUUCACCCAUUAGAUGAAAUAACACCAAUGGUUUGUAAGUCUGGAGCCUUGUUUACCACUGCCAGAAUACAGUAUGUUGCUGAUUAUUCCAUGAGAAUUGUUUUCGUCAAUGCUGAGCCCUCCAUUCUCAUGACGUAUGAUGCCUCUCAGUGCUUGCAUUCCAUAUGGGCCCUUCGAAGAGUAAAAGCAGAGGAGCAAAGUGCAGUCUUGAAGGUCCCUGAGCAGGCAUGGACCCCACAGCAUGCAGCUGCCAGCAGUUCCUUCACUGUCCAUCUUAAGAAUCUGUCUAAGGGUGACUCGCCUAUGGCUUCUCCAUUCCAGAACUAUUCCUCUAUUUGUAGCCAAAGCAGGUCGGCAUCAUCUCCCAGCAUCCAUUCCCGUUCACCUUCCAUUUCCAACAUGGCAGCUUUGAGCCGAUCUCAUUCCCCAGCCUUAGGGGUACAUUCUUUCUCAGGAGUACAGAGAUUCAACUUCUCCAGUCAUGUUCAGUCACCUAGGAGGCACAGUGUCUGCCAUUCUCCAAACAGUGCUACUGAGUCAUUUCUUGCCCCAGAAACUGAACUCAUUGUUCCAGAGCUUUGCAUAGAGCAUCUAUGGACAGAAGCCUUCACUACCCUGAGAGAGAAGAAUUGUCAAGCCUCCAAAGUAUUUAUUACAACUGAUUUUUGUGGGCAAAAGUUUUUGUGCUACUUAGUGGAAUCCCAGCUCCAAUUGCGGUGUGUAAAGUUUCAGCAGAGUAAUGACAAGUCACAGUUGAUCUUUGGUGCCAUUACCAACAUCCAGGCAAAGGAUGCAGCUGCAGUUGAUAACGUUGAUACAAUGCUGGUUCUGGAAGGCAAUGGAAACUUAGUGCUCUAUACUGGAGUGGUUCGAGUAGGAAAAGUAUUUAUACCUGGUUUACCAGUGCCGUCAAUGACAAUGUCAAAUCAAAUGCCUCGCCCAAGCACUCCUCUGGAUAGUAUCAGCACUCCUUCCAAGCCUUUGAACAAACUCCUUGGUCCCUUAGAUGAGCAAGGUGUGCUGUCCCCUGUUCCAGAGUUGAGGGAUUCCUCCAAACUUCAAGACUCCUCUUAUAUUGAUGAUUAUACUUUUCAGCAACUUUCAACUUUUAUUCAUUCUGUAAGAGAUCCUGUUCAGAACAGAGUGACUCUGGAAUUUAAUAAUGGCUCAAUGGUUAGAAUCACCAUUCCUGAAAUUGCAAGUUCAGAAUUGGUCAGAACAUGUUUACAAGGCAUUAAGAGUAUCUUGCCCAAAGAGAUUGCUGUCCAAAUACUUGUCAGAUGGUAUAAUGCCUACAAUGCACCUGGAGGGCCAAGCUACUAUUCAGAAUGGACCUUAUUUGUGACCUGUCUGUUGAACAUGAUGGGUUAUAACACAGAGAGAGUGGCAUGGACACGCAAUUUUGAUUUUGAAGGAUCUCUUUCGCCAGUCAUUGCUCCCAAAAAAGCUCGGCCUUCAGAGACAGGAUCAGAUGAAGACUGGGAAUAUUUACUAAACUCAGACUACCAUAAAAAUAUUGAGUCUCACCCUUUGGCUAAAGCUCUGCGACUGGAUCCAUUGGGAGCCAAAUUCCCUAAGGAUAAUCCUUCACACAACCACUGCUUGGAUUCCACCACUAUUCUCUUCCCCCACAUCCCUGUAAUCUUCUGUGUGCUGCAUUUAAUCUAUGAGGAACUCAAGCUGAACUGCUUGAUGAGUGAAGGAAUUCGUUCUCUUGUUGUCCUUCUGGUACAACUAGCAAGGGAUUUAAAACUGGAAGCGUAUCUUGAUUAUUAUUACAGAGAUUAUCCCAUGCUUGUCAAGGAUUCUAAGCAAACUUGCAUAAUUGAUCCCACCCAAACAGGCUUUAUGCAACAUCCUUCCUUUUUUUCGGCUGAGCCACCAAGUAUCUUUCAAUGGCUGUGCUCUUGCUUAAAGGGAGAAAGUGUGCCACCCUAUCCUUAUUUGCCUGGAAUUUGUGAAAGGAGCAAGCUGGUAGUGUUGAGCGUUGUAUUGUAUAUACUUGGUGAUGAAAGUGCUGUUUCAAAUGAAGCCUCCAACUAUUUGUCCAGGAUAACUUCAGCACAGCGAAAGCAGCAGACUGAACAGGAAGAAUCUAGCACAUGCAGUAUGAAGAACAGUCCAUCUGCUUCUAGUCUUGCAGAAAAACUAGUUGUCUGGAUGGCAAAUGCAGGAUUCACUUUAAGAGACCUGGAGUCUUUGCCUUUUGGAGUUGCUCUUCCUAUCAGAGACGCAAUCUAUCACUGUCGACAACAGCCUGCCUCUGAUUGGCCGGAAGCAGUCUGCCUUCUGAUUGGUCGUCAAGAUCUUUCCAAACAGGCUCGUGAGGGAAACCUUCCAAAAUGUAAAGCAUCUGACCCGCAAAUGUUGUCAUCUGAUAUGCCUGCCACCGUGGAGUCAGAGGAGGAAGAUGAUGGGAUGAAUGAUAUGAACCAGGAAGUGAUGUCACUGAUAUGGAGCGAAGACCUGAGAGUGCAAGAGGUGCGCAGGCUUCUACAAAGUGCCCAUCCAGUUCGUGUGAAUGUAGUUCAGAUGCCAGAAGUCAGUGACCAUGAAUAUAUUGAAGAAAAAGAAAACCGGCUUCUACAAUUAUGUCAAAGAACUAUGGCUCUCCCUUUGGGAAGGGGGAUGUUUACUUUGUUUUCUUACCACCCAGUUCCAACGGAGCCGUUGCCUAUUCCCAAAUUGAACCUGACAGGCCGGGCUCCCCCUAGGAAUACCACAGUGGAUCUCAACAGUGGGAACAUUGAUGUGCCUCCUAAUAUGGCUUGCUGGGCAAACUUUCACAAUGGUGUGGCUGCUGGGUUGAAGAUCGCUCCAGCUUCCCAAAUAGACUCUGCAUGGAUUGUCUAUAACAAACCCAAAAAUGCUGAACUUGCCAAUGAAUAUGCAGGCUUUCUCAUGGCUCUGGGUUUGAAUGGCCAUCUCACAAAACUUGCAACUCUCAAUAUCCAUGACUACUUAACAAAGGGUCAUGAGAUGAUGAGCAUUGGUCUGUUGCUAGGCGUUUCUGCUGCCAAGUUGGGCACAAUGGAUAUGUCUAUCACCCGGCUGCUCAGUAUCCACAUACCGGCUCUUUUGCCUCCGACUUCCACCGAGCUGGAUGUUCCACAUAAUGUCCAAGUGGCGGCUGUGAUAGGAAUAGGCUUGGUGUACCAAGGGACAGCUCAUAGGCAUACUGCUGAAGUUCUCUUGUCAGAAAUAGGGCGUCCUCCAGGUCCUGAAAUGGAAUAUUGCACUGACAGAGAGUCCUAUUCACUGGCUGCUGGUUUAGCUUUGGGCAUGGUUUGUCUUGGGCAUGGCAGCAAUUUGAUAGGCAUGUCUGAUCUGAAUGUGCCGGAGCAGCUUUAUCAAUAUAUGGUUGGUGGCCACCGGCGUUUUCAGGCUGGUGUGCACCGUGAAAAACACAAAUCUCCAAGCUAUCAAAUUAAGGAAGGAGAUACUAUAAACGUGGAUGUAACUUGCCCAGGUGCAACUUUGGCAUUAGCUAUGAUCUAUCUCAAGACCAACAACAGGUCGAUUGCUGAUUGGCUUUGUGCUCCAGACACAAUGUAUUUGUUGGACUUUGUAAAACCAGAAUUCCUUUUACUGAGGACACUUGCUCGAUGCUUGAUUUUGUGGGAUGAUAUAAUGCCCAGUUCAAAGUGGAUUGACAGCAAUGUGCCACAAAUUGUGAGAGAGAACAGUGUCUCCCUUCAUGCAACUGAGAUGCCAUCAUCGGAAGAUCUUAAUUUGGAGACCUUGGCUCUUCAUUCCAUUUCUCCUUCUUUGGAAAACCAGGAUUGGAGCCUCUGUGGUGCAGUGGUUAGAGUGCAGUACAUUAUUUCUUUUCUGCACAGGUAUCACCUUCAAGCCCUGAGGCAUCUAUAUGUCCUGGCAGCUGAACCCAGACUCCUUGUCCCUGUGGAUGUAGAUACAGAUACCCCUUGCUAUGCUUUGCUGGAGGUUACCUAUCAGGGAACUCAGUGGUAUGAACAAACAUCUGAGGAACUUAUGGCACCUACCCUUCUCCCUGAACUUCAUUUACUGAAGCAGAUCAGAGUAAAAGGUCCCCGAUAUUGGGAACUGCUGAUUGAUUUAAGCAAAGGGGUUCAUCAUUUAAAAUCAAUUCUUUCAAGGGAUGGUGUCCUCUAUGUAAAACUGAGAGCUGGGCAGCUUUCAUACAAAGAAGAUCCCAUGGGCUGGCGAAGCUUACUGGCACAGACUGUAACUCACCGAAAGGCAGAUGCCUAUGCAGUAAAGCCAGAAGCUAUUUCUGCUUUCACAUCUGAUCCAGCGCUGCUUUCAUUUGCAGAGUAUUUUUGCAAGCCAGCUGCAGCUAUGGGGCAAAAACAGAAAGUUUUUGACCUCUUUUCAUCGAUUCUGUACGAGUGUGUUACUCAGGAGAAUCCAGAGAUGUUGCCAGCUUAUAUAGCAAUUGACCAGGCCGUGAGAAGAUUAGAAAAAAAGGAAAUGUCUGAGACAUUUGAUUUGUGGCAGAUAAAAUUGGUUCUAGAGUUUUUUAAUUCCAGAAGUCAUCAGGAAAGAAUAAGGAAAAAUCCACAUGCAGGUCUUUUCAUGAAUUCAGAAUUUUUACCUGUGAUGAAAUGUUCUAUAGAUAAUACCUUGGAUCAGUGGCUGCAAGCUGGCGGUGAUAUUUGUUUACAUUCCUAUUUAAAUGGACAACUUAUUGAUGAAUCUCAAUUAAGUAUGUUGGCGUGUUUCCUUACAUAUCAUUCAGUCCCAAUUCCAGGACAACUGUUAGCUGGAGGCUUGGAAGGUAGUACAAAUUUUUCUGAGCUCCUCUUGAAAUUCAAACCACUGAAGAUGCCAGUUCGUGCACUGCUGAGGCUUGCGCCUCUUUUGCUGGGAAAUCCACAGGCAAUGACUUUGUGAAAGCAAUUACACAAGAUUGACUUAUCUGAGACACCAAACACAGUACCAGUGUGGUAUUUGAGAUGCAAUGAAAGAUACAUAGCAAAGAUACAGCUUUGCUUUCAAGUUCACAAACUUACAUCUAACACAUUUUUCCAUUCCCUUUUUAUGUUUUCAGAGCGAUCAAGAGAAGUUUAUAUAUUGUUGGAUGGCUGACAUGCCAGUGCAAAUUAAUACAUCUACUUUUGUAAAUAAAAUUUGUUUGCAAAAAAAACGUCUU